UAACUAUGGAAACGGGCGCGGAUACAGUGAUAACCCGAGCUGAUGAGCACGAUUCUUCUUUGACUUAGUAGCCGGGYUUUAGUUUGCUCGAUCAAAAAAUAUACAAACAAAACUCGCAGUGUCACGUUAGACCAGUCCGACAAUGAUUCAGCGACUAAUUUUGCGUUUCGGCUCGCUGCUCAACCAUCGGUAGCUAGCGCGUGCGCCGACUCUGUGGCUUUAAAAUCGGAAUAAAACGAACCUGAACAAAGUAACGCUCAUCUAUUCCAGGUAAUGUGACUGGAACAUGCUGUGAAGUGGGUAUUGCCUAUUUUCUGAACAGCAGAUAGAGAUUAUCUACAAUGAAGGUUGACAGAAGCAAGUUAAAGAAAACGCCUACAGAAGCUCCAGCAGACUGCAGGAUACUUAUAGAAAAGCUCAAGGCGUGCAAUGAUGAACAACUACUGGUUGAACUGCAGCACAUCAAGACCUGGAACAUUGGCAAGUGUGAGCUUUACCAUUGGGUGGAUCUGCUGGAUCGCUUUGAUGGCAUUCUGUGUGAUGCAGGCCAGACAGUGGAGAAUAUGUCAUGGCUGCUAGUGUGUGACCGUCCAGACAAUGGACAGCUCAAAGCCUUGCUUUUGGCCGUGCUCAACUUCACAGCUCUGCUCAUAGAGUAUAGCUUUUCUAGGCAUCUCUACAGCUCUAUAGAGCACUUAACCACCUUGUUAGCAUCAUGUGACAUGCAAGUGGUCCUCUCUGUGCUGAAUCUACUCUACGUGUUCAGUAAACGCUCCAACUAUAUCACAAGACUUGGAUCAGAUAAAAGGACACCUCUUCUGGCACGUCUACAACACCUGGCUGAGAGCUGGGGAGGGAAGGAAAAUGGCUUUGGUCUGGCUGAAUGCUGCAGGGAUCUGCCUAUGACAUUUGUUUAUGAGCAGAAGUAUCCUCCCAGUGCCACCACACUGCACUUUGAGUUUUAUGCUGAACCAGGCCCAGAGGUCAAAGUUGAGAGGAAGCAGACAAGUAGUAACACACUACACUAUAUUCACAUCGAGCAGCUUGACAAGAUUUCAGAAAGCCCAUCAGAAAUCAUGGAGUCACUGACAGCGAUGUACAGUAUCCCUAAGGACAAACAAACCCUACUGUUCACGCAUAUUCGGCUGGCCCAUGGGUUCUCAAAUCACAAGAAAAGAUUGCAAGCCGUGCAGGCCCGACUGCAUGCAAUCUCUAUAUUGGUGUACUCAAAUGCACUGCAAGAAUCAGCCAACAGUAUUCUGUAUAAUGGCUUGAUAGAAGAGCUGGUAGAUGUCUUACAGAUUACAGACAAACAGCUUGUGGAUAUCAAGGCAGCAUCUUUGCGCACUUUAACUUCAAUAGUUCAUCUGGAAAGGACACCCAAGCUUUCCAACAUUAUUGACUGCACUGGCACAGCGUCCUAUCAUGGCUUCUUGCCUGUAUUGGUGCGCAACUGUAUACAAGCAAUGAUUGAUCCGUUGAUGGAGCCCUAUCCACACCAGUUUGCCACAGCACUCUUUUCAUUCCUGUACCACCUGGCUAGCUAUGAUGCUGGAGGAGAAGCCCUUGUCUCCUGUGGCAUGAUGGAAGCCCUUCUGAAGGUGAUCAAGUUCUUAGGUGAUGAGCAGGACCAGAUCACAUUUGUGACACGAGCAGUACGCGUUGUGGACCUUAUUACAAAUCUUGACAUGGCUGCCUUCCAGUCCCACAGCGGCCUUUCAAUUUUCAUCUGCAGGCUGGAACAUGAGGUGGACUUGUCACGAAAAGAGUGCCCCUUUGUCAUCAAGCCAAAGAUUCAGAGGCCUAGCUCAACUGUGGAGUCUGAGGACAUGGACACAGAUAUGGAGAUGUCAGAAGUUUCCAUGGAAAGCAGCCCUGGACCAUCAACUUCUUCUGGUUCCAGACCAGAGGUAGACCAACGAGCACAGAACAGUUCUGCAAAUACUCCUCGACCAGGUAUGCAGUGUAUCCCCCAGAGGGCAGCUCUGUUGAAGUCGAUGCUAAAUUUCCUGAAGAAAGCCAUCCAGGAUCCAGCCUUUUCAGAUGGCAUUCGUCAUGUAAUGGAUGGGUCCUUGCCUACCUCACUUAAGCACAUCAUCAGUAAUGCAGAAUAUUAUGGACCUUCACUGUUCCUCUUGGCAACGGAGGUGGUGACAGUCUUUGUAUUCCAGGAGCCAUCCUUGCUGUCUUCCCUGCAGGACAAUGGGCUCACUGAUGUCAUGCUGCAUGCCCUUCUUAUCAAAGAUGUCCCUGCAACUCGUGAGGUGCUGGGUUCUCUACCUAAUGUGUUCAGUGCUCUCUGCCUGAAUGCCAGAGGUCUGCACUCUUUUGUUCAGUGCCAGCCUUUUGAGCGCCUCUUCAAAGUGCUUUUGUCCCCGGACUACCUGCCUGCCAUGCGACGACGACGCAGCUCUGACCCAUUGGGUGACACAGCAUCUAAUUUGGGCAGUGCUGUGGAUGAGCUCAUGAGACACCAACCCACUCUGAAGACGGACGCUACAACAGCCAUUAUUAAGRUACUGGAAGAGAUCUGCAACUUAGGUCGAGCUCCAGAGUACAUCUGUCAGAAACCAUCUAUCCAGAAAGCAGAUGGCACUGUAGCAGUGACACCAGCUCGAUCCAGUCAUGCUGCUGAAGAAGCGUCAAGUGAAGAUGAAGAGGAAGAAGAGGCCCUCCACACAUUCAGCCAGCAGCAGGGGGAACCAGAGAGCAACAGGCAGUCAGUUCCACUUGAACUGGUGGUAGGCACAGAGGAACGAAUACCAAUUCCUCUUAUGGAUUAUAUUCUGAAUGUGAUGAAGUUUGUGGAAUCCAUACUAAGCAACAACACCACCGAUGAUCAUUGUCAGGAGUUUGUCAACCAGAAGGGGCUGCUGCCUUUGGUUUCUAUUCUGGGCUUGCCCAACUUGCCCAUAGAUUUUCCCACCUCAGCAGCCUGCCAAGCUGUGGCUGGUGUCUGCAAGUCCAUAUUGACACUCUCUCACGAACCUAAAGUACUGCAGGAAGGCCUGUGCCAAUUGGACAGUAUUCUGACGUCUCUGGAACCACUUCACAGACCUAUUGAGAUUCCUGGUGGGUCGGUGCUUCUCAGAGAACUGGCUAAUGCUGGCCAUGUCACCGAUGCUACCUUGUCAGCUCGAGCUACGCCUCUCCUACAUGCUUUAACAGCAGCCCACGCCUACAUCCUCAUGUUUGUUCAUACUUGCAGAGUUGGACAGAGUGAGAUCAGAGCUAUCUCAGUAAACCAGUGGGGUUCCCAGUUAGGGUUGAGUGUUCUGAACAAGCUCAGUCAGCUCUACUGCUCUUUGGUGUGGGAGAGCACUGUUUUGCUGUCCCUUUGUACUCCCAACAGUCUGCCUCCUGGAUGUGAGUUUGGCCAGGCUGACAUGCAGAAACUGGUGCCCAAAGACGAGAAACCAUCUGGCAGCACUGCAGCAGCGACAGGCUCUGGAUCUAGAAGAAAUGCAGAAACCGACACUGUGUCUGUGGAUUCAUCUGCUGGUGGUCUGUUGGAAGGCAUGUGUCUGGAUGGGGACACCUUGGCUCCUAUGGAGACUGAUGAACCCUCUACAUCAGACCCUAAGGCAAAGUCCAAACUUACCCCAGCCAUGGCCACUCGCAUCAAGCAAAUUAAACCCCUCCUUUCUGCUUCAUCUAGGUUAGGUAGGGCUUUGGCUGAGCUCUUUGGCCUGUUAGUCAAGUUGUGUGUAGGCUCCCCAGUGCGCCAGCGCCGCUCCCACCACGCCACAAGCACAGGCACCACCCCUACGCCUGCUGCACGAGCAACUGCCUCUGCCCUUACCAAGCUUCUUACCAAAGGUUUAAGUUGGCAGCCCCCACCAUACACACCUACACCACGGUUCAGGCUGACCUUCUUUAUCUGCUCAGUGGGCUUCACAUCUCCCAUGCUGUUUGAUGAGAGAAAAUAUCCCUACCACCUCAUGCUGCAGAAGUUUUUUUGCUCUGGGGGACAUGAUGCAUUAUUUGAAACAUUUAACUGGGCCUUGUCAAUGGGUGGAAAAAUACCUGUGUCUGAGGGUCUGGAGCAUACCGAUCUCCCCGAUGGAACUGGAGAAUUCCUGGAUGCCUGGUUAAUGCUGGUGGAGAAGAUGGUUAAUCCAAGCACUGUACUGGACUCUCCCCACUCUCUGCCUGCUAAAAUGCCAGGGAUCACACCCACCAUGCCCCAGUUCAGUGCUCUUCGGUUUCUCAUUGUCACCCAGAAGGCUGCUUUCAGCUGCAUCCGUAGUCUAUGGAAUAGAAAGCCACUGAAGGUGUAUGGUGGUAGGAUGGCUGAAUCCAUGUUGGCCAUCCUCUGCCACAUACUGAGAGGAGAGCCUGUUAUCCAGGAGCGUCUGGCCAAGGAACGAGAGGGAACAACACGCCCAGAAGAUGAAGGGACCUCCACUAGUUCUUUGGUACCGACCGCAGCCCCAGGAGGUUCCUCAACAACUGCAGAGGCACCAGCAGGUAGUGGAACCACUGCAGCUCCAACUGGAGGAUCAGCUGAAGAUUCUACUAAUUCUACUCCUCGCCAUGAGCCCCAGGUUAACCAGGCUCAGCUCACUCAGGAAAGAUGCAGAGGGAGAGAGGGACACGCUCAGGUCCGCCAGCAGCAGCUUCAGCAGCUGAUGGAUAUGGGUUUCUCAAGAGAACAUGCCAUGGAAGCUUUGCUCAACACCAGCACUAUGGAGCAGGCCACAGAGUACCUGCUUACACACCCUCCUCCCCUGCUUGGAGGAGCAGUAAGGGACCUGACCAUGUCUGAGGAAGACCAGAUGAUGAGGGCCAUCGCCAUGUCACUUGGGCAAGAGGUUAGCAUGGAGCAGCGCUCUGAUUCUCCUGAGGAAGCAGCACGCCGGCGUGAGGAGGAGGACAGGAGAGCCAGGGAGCGGGCAGAAGAGGAAGAAGCACGCUGCUUGGAGCGCUUCAUGGAAGCAGAGCCUCUGGACCCUCAGGAGCUACAUACAUUCACUGACUCCAUGCUGCCUGGCUGUUUUCAUCUUUUAGAUGAGCUGCCUGACACGGUUUACCGACUAUGUGACCUACUAAUGACUGCCAUCAAGAGGAGUGGCCCAGAGUAUAGAGACCUCAUCCUUGGCCAAGUUGUCCACCAGGUGUGGGAGGCUGCAGAUGUUUUGAUAAAGGCUGCAGAGCCUCUGACUACCAGUGACACAAAGACUGUGUCUGAGUGGACCAGACAGAUGGCAACACUGCCUCAGGCCUCGAAGCUGGCAACCCGAAUUCUGCUGCUCACGUUGCUCUUUGAGGUGCCAGAAUUAAAGGAGCUGAAGUUAUUGGGUGCCAGAGUGGUGGAGAGCAGUGGGAUUCUUGAUUUGCUAAUCAAGCUCCUUGAGGUUGUGCAGCCAUGUCUCCAAGCAGCUAAAGAACACAAAGACAUUCAGACGCCAAAAUGGAUUACACCAGUACUGUUGCUUAUUGACUUUUAUGAGAAGAUGGCAGUCUCUUCAAAGCGAAGGGAACAAAUGAACAAGUAUCUGCAGCCAAAUGGAAAUAAUUGGCGCUGGUUUGACGAUCGUUCGGGUCGUUGGUGCAGUUACAGUGCAUCCAACAACAGUACCAUUGACUCAGCAUGGAGAGCUGGGGAGAGCAGCGUCCGCUUCACAGCUGGACGAAGGAGAUACACUGUGCAGUUUAACACUAUGGUGCAGGUAAAUGAAGAAACUGGGAAUAGAAGACCAGUGAUGUUGACGGUCCAGAAAGUGCCUCGUGUUACCAAGCCUUCCAAGACUGGUAACAUUACUGACUCUGAGAGAGAGGAGGGAGACAAGGGCAAAGUGGAAGAAAACCAGGCUGACCUUGACUCCGGGGCAACAGUAGAGAUGAGUGCUUCUAAGGACGAUUCCAGCCAYCUGAAAGAACCCACCUCUUGCCCCUCAGCACCUCUGGAGUCAGACUACUCUCAGAGUUCUGACAUUGUUGUGAAAGGCCUGGCUGAUGACAUGACCACUGUUUUAAUUCGGGCUUGUGUCAGUAUGAUUAGUGUUCCUGUGGACCCGGACACUCUUCAUGCCACACUGCGUCUCUGUUUGCGCCUUACACGCAACCACCACUAUGCAAUGAUGUUUGCUGAGCUGAAGAGUACAAGGAUGAUUCUGGGGCUGACGCAAAGCUCUGGCUUCAAUGGCUUCACUCCGCUUGUUACUUUACUGUUCAGACACAUCAUAGAAGACCCAGCCACUCUGCGGCACACCAUGGAGAAGGUGGUGAGGUCUGCUGUGACCAGCGGAGCAGGUAGCACCACCUCAGGAGUGGUAUCAGGCAGCCUUGGUUCCAGAGAAAUCAAUUAUAUCCUUCGUGUCCUGGGCCCAGCAGCCUGUCGUAACCCUGAAUGCUUUAUUGAAACAGCCAGCAACUGUAUCCGCAUCGCUCUGCCUGCAGCCCGUGGAGCUGGAACAACUUCUGAUGAUGAGUUUGAAAACCUUCGAAUCAAGGGGCCGAAUGCUGUGCAGCUAGUAAAGACCACUCCUUUGAAACCAUCUCCCCUACCUGCCAUUCCUGACACUAUCAAGGAAGUCAUCUGUGACAUGCUCAACGCUUUAGCUGCCUACCAUGCCCCUGAAGAACCUGAGCGUUCAGACGAACGUGCCGCAGCCCCUGGGAGUCAAGACCUGUGCCAGAUUUUGCAGGAUGUCGGUGAUGAUGUUUACCAGCAAUACCGGCUCACCCGACAGGGGAGCGACUUUGACUCACAGUCAGCAUUCCACAUUAAUGCACAAGUGUUCGCUGCUGAUGGAGGUGUGGCAGAGUCUUCCCAAUCUGGCACUCCACAAGGAGAAGCCUCCACACCAGAAGAAAUGCGUGAGGAGAAGAAAGAACAGGAGGGAGAGAAAAGUACGAGCUCAGAUGAAAGUAAAGCAGCUAGAGUCAAGGCAAGCAAGCCUCUAAUGCCAACCUCUACCAUCUUGAGACUGCUGGCUGAACUUGUGCGCUCCUAUGUGGGCAUUGCCACAUUAAUCGCCUCCUAUUGCUACACUGCAGGACAGUCUGAGCUUAUUAAAGAGGAUUGCAGUGUUCUAGCCUUUGUGCUCGACCACUUACUGCCACACACACAGAAUUCAGAGGACAAGGACACCCCAGCCUUGGCGCGUCUCUUUUUAGCAAGCCUGGCAGCUGCGGGCACAGGCACCGAUGCCCAGGUGGCCCUGGUGCAUGAAGUGAAGGCUGCUCUCAGUCGAGCAUUAGCAAUGGCAGAAGGUGCAGAAAAACAUGCCAGACUCCAGGCAGUGAUGUGCAUUAUCAGCACUAUCAUGGAAUCUUGCCCCUCCACAUCCACCUUUUACAGCACUGCAGCAGCCAAGACUCAACAUAAUGGCAUGAACAAUAUCAUAAGACUCUUUCUCAAGAAAGGUCUGGUCAAUGACUUGGCUCGAGUGCCUCACAGUCUUGAUUUGUCCAGUCCUAACAUGGCCAACACAGUGAAUGCUGCACUGAAGCCUCUAGAGACUUUGUCACGCAUUGUUAACCAGCCCAGCAGUCUUUUUGGUGGCAAAGGAGGCUCUAGCAAGAGCAAGACGGAACAAGACACGGUGGGCACUGUCAGGGACAGCAACAGCAACACACAGGACCAAGGAGAGUCUGGAGAAACAGAACCAGUAGACGGCAGUCACAGGGUCCAGGGACCAGACAGUGACCUCAUGGAUGGAGAAACAGAGGGAGACACAGUAGUUAUUGCAGGUCAGCCGGAGGUUUUAAGCACGCAAGCUAUGCAGGUUGAGAAUGAGUUGGUGGACCUGAUAGAUGAGCUGUUGGAGAGAGAUGCUGGAAAUGGGAACAGCACAAUUAUCGUGGGACGUAGUGGUGAGGAUGAAUCUCAAGAGGAUGUAUUGAUGGAUGAGGCUCCAUCCAAUAUCAGCCAAGCAUCCACUCUUCAGGCCAACCGUGAAGACUCUAUGAACAUUCUCGAACCAGAAGAUGAAGAGCACACACAGGAGGAAGAUUCAAGUGGCAGCAAUGAUGACGAAGACAGCCAAGAUGAAGAGGAGGAAGAGGAAGAAGAGGAGGAGGAUCAGGAUGAUGAAGAAGGAGAUGAGGAUGAUGACGAUGAAGGAUCAGAGAUGGAAUUGGAUGAAGAUUUUCCUGACAUCAAUGCUGCACCGCAUAUCCGUUUUGAAAGAUUUGACAGGGAUGAUGACCUCAUUAUUGAGUUUGACAACAUGUUUUCCAACAACACUGACAUCCCAUCCUCCCCAGGGAACAUCCCCAGCUCCCACCCUCUGAUGGUGCGCCAUGCUGACCAUGGUUCCCUUACUCUGGGUGUGGCAGGCACUAGUGGCCGCCUGGCACAGGGCAUGGGUCGCAGCCAACGAACAUUACGUCAGCUCACUGCAAACAGUGGACACACCAUCCACGUCCACUACCCUCACAACCGCCAGCCCAAUCCUCCACUUAUUUUGCAGAGAUUGUUGGGCCCAAGUGCUGCUGCAGACAUUUUGCAGCUGUCCAGCUCUCUACCUCUGCAGUCCCGUGGUCGGGCUCGGCUUUUGGUUGGAAAUGAAGAUGUGCACAUCAUUGCGCGAUCUGACGAUGAGUUGUUAGAUGACUUUUUCCAUGAGCAGAGCAGCACUGGGGGACAAGCAGGCACUCUCUCCAGUAUUCCCACUGCCUUAACUAGAUGGACUGAUGAGUGUAAGGUGCUGGAUGCUGAAAGUAUGCACGACUGUGUAGCAGUGGUGAAAGUGCCUAUCCUGCAGCAUCUGGAGAGUCUAAGAGAUGAAGAACUGGAAGAGCGCAGAGAAAAGAGACGGAGGCAGCUGGCUGAGGAGGAGGAAUUCAAGCAGAAUGAAAGGAGAGCUUCUGAACAAGUCAGAGAACAAAACCUUCAGGGUUCUGGAUUGGGAACAGUUAAUGGCACCGAGAAUACUGCAGAAGGUGAACAAGUUCAGGAUGGUACGAUGUCAUGUCUAGACACACCCAGGGUCUCAGAGGGKUUCCUCACUGCUCCUCCGUCUGGAGAGGUGACUCCAACAACCCCUGCUCCUCAUGAGCAGGCACUGGUCUCUUUGGAGACUGCUAUUAGUCAGCAGGUCCACCAGCCAAUUGCUGACCUGCUCCUGGCUGAAUCACAUGCCAGUUCACUGGCUGCUCUGGCUGGUACUGGCCUUCCAUCUUUGUCAGCGCCCGAAAGGCCACACGGUGAAGCCGAAGCAUCGCAGAUGGAAAUGUCCCCAGCACCAAUCAUUGGUGAAAGAGUUGGAGGAGGUGUCGGUGGAGGCGUUUUGGAUGAAGCCAGGGAAGCCUCCCUAAGUCCAGAUAUUGUAGAGAAUUCAGAACCCGCAGUGGUUGGUGUUUCACAACUGGAAGGGUCACCGAUGGACACCAGCAGCCCUGCUUCUGCUACUCAGGAAGACGCUGCUUCCAACCCUGCUCAGUCUACCCAGCUGUCACAAGAGCUGUCCGGCAGCGGGGAGAGUGGACUGACUGACAGACAGACGGAUGCAGAGACUGGCUCCACAUCUGUGUCCUCCCCGGGAGAAACAAUGCCCAGGAGUGAUAGUGCUGACAGCCAAUCCCAGGCCAUUCAAGAGGAGCCUCUCCCGUCCACCAGCAAUGAGGAUGAGGACCCACUUGCAGGGAUCAGUUUGCCAGAAGGUGUGGACCCAUCCUUCUUAGCAGCUCUUCCGGAGGACAUUCGUCGAGAGGUCCUGCAAAAUCAGCUUGGCAUCAGACCUCCAUCACGUCCUCCUGUUGCCACAACCUUACCCACCACUAAUGCACCAGUGCUUGGAGGUCCAGGAGUUACAGAGGUCAGCCCUGAGUUUCUGGCAGCGUUGCCACCUGCCAUUCAAGAGGAGGUUCUUGCCCAACAACGAGCUGAGCAGCAGCGUAGAGAACUUGCUCAACAGCCUCCACAGGGAGACACCCCACUGGAUCCAGUCACCUUCAUCCAGACUCUGCCUUCAGAGCUUCGUCGCAGUGUCCUCGAGGACAUGGAGGACAGCGUGUUGGCUGUCAUGCCUCCAGACAUCGCUGCUGAAGCAGCUGCGUUGCGAAGAGAGCAAGAGGCCCGUCAGAGACAACUAAUGCAUGAUAGAUUGUUUGGUCAUAGCUCAUCUUCAGCCCUUUCAGCAAUCUUGCGCUCACCAGCUUUCACCAGCCGGUUAGGAAGUAUUCGUGGCGUUCCGUAUACCCGUCCGGCUGUCCAAAGAGGAGGGACGUUUCAAAUGGGUGGAGGAACGAACCACAGACCAUCUAGUUCAAAUGUGGAUUCUUUGUUGCGCCUGCGUGGACGUUUGCUGCUAGACCACGAGGCUUUGUCUUGCCUGCUGGUUUUGCUGUUUGUAGACGAACCGAAGCUGAACACCAGCCGUCUGCACCGUGUUCUCAGGAACCUCUGUUACCAUUCUCAAACACGAGGGUGGGUCAUCCGCAGCCUGCUGUCCAUCCUCCAACGCAGCAGCGAAAGUGAAGUAUGUCUGGAGACAUCACGCCUAGAAGAUUCCCGUGGCAAGAGAAGCAUCCAAGGAGGCUGUGGAGGGAAAGGUCCAGCCAGCUCUUCUCACUCUUCAUCCUCCUCAUCCUCUAUAGAGCUGUUGAACAGGGUGGAGUCUCGUAGCUCCAGCCAGCUUUCCUGGCUUUCUGUCUCUAUGGAUGCAGCUUUGGGCUGCAGGACAAACAUUUUCCAGAUUCAGCGAGCGUCAGGAAGGAAGCACGCUGAUCGACAUUCAGCUGGAGGUGCCACAGGAUCUGGAACGCUGGGGGGAGGAGUCUCAGGCACCGCUACAGGUGUCACAUGUGCUGGAGGUGGAGGCUCUACAGUUCACAUUCACCCACAAGCUGCUCCAGUGGUCUGUCGACAUGUGUUGGACACACUCAUCCAGUUAGCAAAGGUGUUUCCUAGUCACUUCACCCAGCAGCGAUGCAAGGAUUUAUCAACUGCUGCUUCUGAUCUGGAUUCUCGACUUUCUUCAGGUUCUUCUGUGGGAGUGAGUGUAGGCUUGGGCUCUAGGUCAGGGUCUCAGUCACAGAUAAAUCCCACUGCCUCAAACACUCAGAAUCCCUUGGGCUCAUCUGCAGCUACCCCUCAGUCUUUAGGCAUCUCCACAGAUUUUUGGGACUUGCUUGUCAAACUUGACAACAUGAAUGUCAGCCGCAAGGGCAAAGCCUCUAUGAAAAUGGUACCUCUGGGUGCCGGUGCAGACGCUGAAGGAGCACAGUUCAGCUUGGAGACUUCUCCUCUUGGCCAGCUGAUGAACAUGCUGUCUCAUCCCGUAAUCAGGCGGAGCUCCCUGCUGACAGAAAAGCUGCUGCGCCUUCUCUCCCUCAUAUCCAUUGCUCUGCCUGACAACAAGGCCACUGAGGUGCCUGCAGGACACCAGACUCCACAGGUUGCCAACCCUAACACAGCAAGCUCAGGUGCCAGUGUUUCAGUCCCCACGCAAGGCACGACGUCAGUGGGCUCUGGGCAGCCCACUGUGGCAGCUCCUGGGGUCUUGGUAGGAGCUGCAGCGCAGAGUACAUCCUCAGGGACAAAUCUGUCAAUCUCCCAGGCAUCCUCUACUACAAUAAUUAUACCCACAUCUACUGGAAUCACCUCUACAGGGAAACAGAGGGGGACUACUGGUAGUACAGAGAGUGAUAAGAUGGCCUCUGCUGGACUCACAGAGAAACAACUUCAACUUUCUGUGGAGGUGUUGACGUCUCACUCGUGUUCAGAGGAGGGUCUAGAGGAUGCUGCGAAUAUUCUGCUGCAGCUAUCCAGAGGCGACGGCGCCACCAGAGACACGGUGCUCAGACUGCUGCUCAGUGGAGCUCGACACCUCGGAUACACACUUUGCAAGCAGAUCGGCACAUUACUGGCUGAACUCCGAGAGUACAACUUGGAGCAGCAGAGACAGGCACAGUCUGACUCUAAUUCACCAGAUGCACCUCCAGAGGACUCCUCCAUCUCAGCUAGACUAAAAGGCAAAAUGACCAGCAGGUUUGACGGGUCAGAGAGUGUGGUGAUUGUGGCUACACAGAAACGCACACUGGGAGGCCGUGAAUUGCAGCUCCCUUGUAUGAGCUCACUAACAUCCAAAACUUCAACACAGAAGUUUUUCUUGCGAGUGCUGCAGGUUAUAAUCCAGUUACGUGAAGACACUCGGCGUGCCAACAAAAAAGCAAAACAAACYGGUCGAUUAGGCUCCAGCAGUUUGGGCUCAGCCAGCAGCAUCCAGGCUGCCGUGCGUCAGCUUGAGACUGAGGCUACCAUGCGUCAGCUUGAGGCUGAGGCUGAUGCCAUUAUUCAGAUGGUGAGAGAGGGACAGCGUGCACGUCGACUCCAACAAGCCCCUCCACCAACUGCCCCUUCUGCCUCUGCCGCCGGAUCUUCUGUGGCUGCCCCCCAUGCUCCCACUGGUGCUGCUGCCCCUACUGGCACGGCUGCUGCUGCCACGUCUGAAGUGCAGUCAGCACCUGAGGCCCAGUCAGCACAGAGAGAUGAGUCUCCAAUGGAUGUCGACCAGCCAUCUCCUCUAGUGCAAGACCCUGCACCGCUGGAUGAAGAAGGAAAUGGUCAGUCAGAAAGUGAAGAGAAAGUUCCUGACCUCCCUCUGCUCAGUGAGCAGCUGCUGUUGGAUGAACUGUGGGACAUGCUUGGGGAGUGCCUGAAAGAGCUGGAGGAGUCUCAUGAUCAGCAUGCUGUGCUGGUGCUUCAGCCUGCUGUGGAGGCCUUCUUUUUAGUUCACGCCACAGAACGAGAGAGCAAACCUCCUGUGAGGGACACGCGGGAGAGUCAGCUUUCUCACAUCAAAGACGAGCCUCCGCCGCUGUCCCCAGCACCCCUGACACCUGCCACGCCUUCAUCUCUGGACCCCUUCUUUUCCAGGGAACCAUCCUCGAUGCACAUUUCUUCAAAUCUGCCACCAGACACCCAGAAGUUCCUCCGCUUUGCCGAAACUCAUCGCACUGUGCUAAAUCAGAUCUUGCGACAGUCUACCACUCAUUUGGCUGAUGGACCUUUUGCCGUGCUGGUUGACUACAUACGCAUCCUGGACUUCGAUGUUAAGAGGAAGUACUUCCGUCAGGAGUUAGAGCGACUGGAUGAAGGUCUGAGAAAAGAGGACAUGGCUGUGCACGUGAGACGAGAUCAUGUGUUUGAGGAUUCCUACAGAGAACUGCAUCGCAAGAGCCCCGAGGACAUGAAGAACAGGCUGUAUAUUGUGUUUGAAGGGGAGGAGGGUCAAGAUGCCGGCGGCCUUCUGAGGGAAUGGUACAUGAUAAUCUCCAGAGAGAUGUUCAACCCGAUGUACGCCCUGUUCCGCACCUCCCCAGGGGACCGCGUCACCUACACCAUAAACCCGUCGUCUCACUGCAACCCCAACCAUCUCAGCUACUUUAAGUUCGUGGGUCGUGUUGUUGCCAAGGCCGUCUACGAUAACCGGCUACUGGAAUGCUACUUCACCCGCAGUUUUUACAAACACAUCCUGGGAAAGAGUGUCAGGUAUACAGACAUGGAAAGCGAGGACUACCCGUUCUUCCAGGGUUUGGUAUACUUGCUGGAGAACCAUGUGUCCACACUGGGUUACGAGCUGACAUUUAGCACAGAGGUCCAAGAGUUUGGAGUGUGUGAAGUUAGAGACCUCAAGCCGAAUGGAGCCAACAUAGUGGUCACAGAAGAAAACAAGAAGGAGUAUGUGCACCUGGUGUGCCAGAUGAAGAUGACAGGUGCAAUCCGCAAACAGCUGGCAGCCUUCCUUGAGGGAUUUUACGAGAUCAUCCCCAAGCGGUUGAUCUCCAUCUUCACUGAGCAGGAGCUGGAGCUGCUCAUCUCUGGCCUACCCACCAUUGACAUUGAUGACCUGAAGGCCAACACUGAAUAUCACAAAUACCAAUCCAGCUCUAUUCAGAUUCAGUGGUUCUGGAGAGCCUUGCGAUCUUUUGAUCAGGCAGACCGGGCCAAGUUCCUACAGUUCGUCACUGGCACGUCUAAGGUUCCCCUCCAGGGUUUUGCAGCUCUGGAGGGCAUGAACGGCAUCCAGAAGUUUCAAAUCCACCGUGAUGAUCGUUCAACUGACCGCCUGCCAUCUGCUCAUACCUGCUUUAACCAGCUGGACCUUCCAGCCUAUGAGAGCUACGAGAAGCUGAGACAUAUGCUGCUGUUGGCCAUUCAGGAAUGCUCAGAGGGGUUUGGACUGGCUUAAACCACGAGACUCUUAACACACACACACACACACACACACACACACAGACAUGCGUACAAUUAAUUAGUUUCGCCUACUCCUGAUACAUUCACACUGGUAACCUCUGAACGCACGCACACACUAUCAUAGACAUUACUGGAUUACUCAUUGAAUGGCCUAGUCUUGCUGGUUCUUAUUCCAUAUAAAA